CAGGCUAUCACACAGCUGAUGAUUUAGCAGCAAAAGUGAAAAUUCAUUCACGAAUUUCAUGGACAAAGAAGUGCGAACCCGUACCUACCUAUAGUAAGUAGAAUAAAUUGCGUGUUUUGAUGCAGUUUUUUAGUGUUGAUGGUUAGUUAGAAAAAGGGUCGAACCCUUUUGAAGACGAGGACAACAACAACAACGACGACACCGACGACGCAGAAAGGAAGACGAACACGCAAGGCAAGGGUAUCGCCGUCGAGUGUGAAAGUUUUCGAGUGAGUCAUUCCCGAGUGCCGAGAAGAAAAGUGCUAAAGUAAGAAGGCGUCGUGGAAAUCGAUAAUUUUCACGCCGAAAGUUAGUGUUUUCCCCCCUUUCGUACCGAAUUGCUGCUGGCGUUGCGGUUAUGGCUGGUGAAAUGAACGUCUACAAUUCCGGCAGAAUGUUUGCCUUCGAUGUGGACCUGGAUAACGAUGCAGAUCUGCCCAAGCUGAAGGCCGUGCAAGGCAACGAAUCGCCCGGAAUCCAUAAUGCCACCGGAGGUGGCGGAGGAGGAGGAGGAGUUGGCGUUAUUGGUGCAGCCGCACUUAGCCUUUCGCAGGAGAAUCUGGCCGGAGGGCUUCCGAACGAAAUCUCCGCUCCGUACGAGGUUCCCCAGUUUCCAAUCGAACAGAUCGAGAACAAGCUGCAACUGCAGCGCCAGUUGAAUGCCAAGGUCAUGGAACAGGACCGCCACUCGAUUGCGGCCGAAAUUCACCCGGACGAGAUGAUCCCCUUCGACGAGCACGAUUUCGUGGCGCACUUCCAGCGGGUUUCCAUCUCCGGCGAGGAUACGAGCGGCGUGCCGCUCGACGAUCUAGAACGUGCUUCGACGCUGCUGGUUAAGGCGCUGGAACUGCGCGUCAAGUACAUGUGCAACUCGCAUCAGGCCUUCCCGCAGACAACCGCUCGCUUCCUGAAGUCAUCACAUCCGGAAAAGUAUGCCCACCAGGCCAAGAAAUCCAUUGCCGAUCAUCCAGUGAAUCCUCCGCAGAGCACCCAGUCGCCGUGGUUGAUCGAAUUUCCGGAGGACUGCCACUACACGAUCCGCGCGAACAAUGGCGUUUUUGAGGUGUUUCGGGACGGUGAGGAGAGCACGGAACCGUUCCCGUUCGAGUACACCAAGCUGCCGGAGUUCGUGCAGGACAUGCAGAUGAUGUGCUCGAUGAUUGCCGACGGGCCGUUGAAGUCGUUCUGCUACCGGCGGCUCAGCUACCUCUACUCCAAGUUUCAGCUGCACGUGCUGUUGAACGAACUGCGUGAACUGGCCUCGCAGAAGGCGGUUCCGCACCGAGAUUUCUACAACAUCCGCAAGGUGGACACGCACAUUCACGCUGCCAGCUGCAUGAACCAGAAGCACCUGCUGCGGUUCAUCAAGAAAACGCUGAAGAACAGCGCCGAUGAGGUUGUGACCGUGACCAAGGGCGAGCAAAUGACGCUGGCGCAGGUUUUCCAAUCGAUGAAUCUGACCACGUACGACCUGACGGUCGACAUGCUGGACGUCCACGCCGACCGCAACACGUUCCAUCGGUUCGAUAAGUUCAACGCAAAGUACAAUCCCAUCGGAGAGUCCCGCCUGCGGGAGGUGUUCCUGAAGACGGACAAUUACUUGAAUGGAAAGUAUUUCGCCAACAUAAUCAAGGAGGUCGCCAGCGACUUUGAGGAGAGCAAAUAUCAGAAUGCAGAGCUAAGGUUGUCCAUUUACGGCAAAUCACCGGACGAAUGGUACAAGCUGGCCAAGUGGGCCAUCCAGGGGGAUGUCUACUCCGACAACAUUCGCUGGUUGAUUCAGAUUCCUAGGCUAUAUGAUAUUUUCAAGACCAAUAAGCUGAUGACGUCGUUCCAGCAAAUCCUGGACAACGUCUUCAAGCCCCUGUUCGAUGCGACCAACAAUCCUAGCGAGCAUCCGGAGCUGCACAAGUUCCUGCAGUACGUGAUCGGGUUCGACUCCGUCGACGACGAAUCCAAGCCGGAAAAUCCACUGUUCGACAACGACGUCACCACACCGGACCAAUGGACGGACGACGAGAAUCCGCCCUAUGCGUACUACAUCUACUACAUGUACGCCAACAUGACCGUACUGAAUCACUUCCGAACGGAGCGUGGAAUGAACACGUUCGUUUUGAGACCGCAUUGCGGCGAAGCCGGCCCGGUACAGCAUUUAGUUUGCGGCUACCUGAUGGCGGAGAACAUUUCCCAUGGUCUGUUGCUCCGCAAAGUUCCCGUUCUUCAGUAUCUUUACUAUCUUGCACAAAUCGGUAUUGCCAUGUCGCCGCUGUCCAACAACUCCCUGUUCUUAAACUACGACCGGAACCCAUUCCCGGAGUACCUCGCCCGAGGUCUAGUAGUAUCCUUGUCAACGGACGACCCCCUUCAGUUCCACUACACCAAAGAACCCCUAAUGGAAGAGUACAGCAUCGCGGCGCAGGUGUGGAAGCUGAGCUCGUGCGACAUGUGCGAGCUGGCCCGUAACAGCGUGCUGAUGAGUGGCUUUCCGCACAAGAUGAAACAGCACUGGCUGGGGCCGAACUACACCCGUGAGGGUGUCGCCGGGAACGACAUUACCCGCACGAACGUACCGGACAUUCGGGUUGCCUUCCGGCACGAGUCGCUGCUCGACGAGCUGGCGAACAUUUUCAAGGUGCACAGCGAGCGGGCGCUCGGGCUGCUGGAAUGAGUCGGACUCCUGUGGUGACGACCGUGGCUAGGGGUUGUGGUAGAUGACGAAGAACCAAGGGAACAACAACACGAACCAAGGGAGAAAUUGAGAAUCUUUUGAGCACUCUUUGUUAGAAGAAGAAGAAAAAAAUGUUUCGAUGCGUGGCAGUAAGUAGAGCAGACAACCGGAGGAGAGUGUUUUGCACUGAUUUUUCCACUGAUUUCACGGAUUAUUUAUAACCUUGAGAUGAAUUUAUCGUUUGUUAAGCAAUUAAGUGUACGUACCAUGUAUCCGUAUAAUGUAUUGUACUUGGAAUGAAGAAUAUUUCGAUUGAAAUUGUGAACAAGAAAAAAAUCGUUACAAUUCUUUGCGGGUGCGAGCUCGCAAAACCAAAUUAUACCAGUUUCAUGUUGUAAUCUGUUUUAGUAGCGGAUCAUACUGUGUUACAUCAUUGGAAUCAAUAUAUCUCGAUUUGAUGUGUUACUUGCUGAAGUGACUUGCAAGUCUAUC